AUGGACACCGUUCCGUGGAUGCCGCCAGUGACCAACGCACCGCGACUUCAGGAAACAGCGCUGCUCAAGCUGAUGCGGCAGUGCUGGAGCGAAGUGCCGGAAAAGCGGCCGAGUGUCGGUCAGGCGAAAUCAUACAUCACCGAUAUGUUGCACCAGCAGAACAUCGACUCGGGUGCGUCGCUUAUUGACCGCGUCGUCAAACGCUUGGCCGGCUAUCAUAUCCAUUUGGAGGCGCUGGUCACCGAGCGAACCCAGGAGUACCUCGCGGAAAAAACAAAGUGUGAUAACGUUUUGCUGCAGAUGUUUCCCAGGCCUAUUCUAACGAAACUGCGAGCCGGCAACGAAAUUGCGCCAGAGGUAUACGAAAGCGUGACAAUUUCGUUCUGCUCGAUUAUUGGCUACGAAACGCUACUGGUCAAAGAAACUCUGGGGAAAUUCAUCGAAUUCCUGGAUCGGGUAUAUUCGGGUUUCGAUGCGGCGCUGCAGUCCUUUGAUGCACAUAAGAUGGAAACCGUUGGCACCAGUUACAUGUUAGUCAGCGGGCUUCCCAACCGCAACGGCGUUCGGCACUGCGAAGAGAUUUGUAACUGCGUCCUGAAAUUCCGCUUAUUAUUUCAUGGAUUGUGCGCGUACAAGUACAUCCAUCUGCGAUGCGGCAUAAAUUCCGGCUCCAUAGCAGCCGGCAUCGUGGGCCACAAAUGUCCUCGAUAUUGUCUAUUUGGCGACACGGUCAAUCUGGCAUCACGUAUGGACUCAACGGGAUUAGCGGAUCGCAUCCAGCUGAGCGAGGCGAGUACGCAGCUGACGCAGUCCACCAAAUUAACCGUUACGUGCCGGGGCACGAUACUCGUGAAGGGAAAAGGCGAGAUGACUACGUACUUUUUAGACUAAAUUACACAACUUCACCAAAUCUUUAAUUUGACAACCUUCGAAACAGCGGAGAAAAAAUUACUACUUUUUUAAUAUUAAGCGUCGGGAAACUUUUAAGGCUCCCAGUUCACAAGCCAGCCGAUCGCUCACAGUUGCCUAAAUGCAAUAAAAACUAACGCUCAACGGUCAAACAAAUAAUU